CAGAUGUGCUCAAGGAUAGAGUUGAUAUAAAUAUAUUGAAGAGAGAAAAAUGGGAUCAUCAGAUUCUACACCAGUGCCACGGACACCAUCACCACCACCACCACCAAAUCCAGAACUGGAUAAACCAUGGAGGAAAUUUAACUGGGGCAGCUCAAAGGAUUCACCAUCAGAAGUGGGAAAAAAACAUUGCCCUUCGUCUUCAAAGACAUCAUGGGAUUGGAACCUGCAGCAUUUAAAGGGUCGCAUACAGAAGAUAUCAUCAGUGCUGUGUUUGGUCACUUGAAGGACGGCUAUAAAUUCAACGAAGAGGAGCCACUCAAUUUUAAGGAUCAACAAUUCAACCAAAACCCCAACCUCUCCGACCAGUGUUUCUGCCUGGUUUACGUCCUACCUGCGGAUGUAUUCCAAUACACAGAUGAUCGUCUUAUUGAAAAGCUGAAGAUCAUCCGCAAGAGAAUCAGUGAUAAGGGGAUUCCUCAAGUGGUUGUCAUGACUAAAAUGGACGAAGCAUGUCCACUAGUCAAUAAAGAUCUGAGGAAGAUGUACACUAGCAAGAAAAUCAAGGAGAAGAUGGAGUUGUGCAGUGCUAAAUUAGGUGUGCCACUGACAAACAUAUUCCCUGUGAAGAACUACCACAAUGAGAUCGACACAGAUGAUGACAUUGACGUUCUGUUACUAAAGGCUCUUGAACAGAUUGUUCAGCUUGCUGAUGACAGAUUAGAGAUUUGCUUAACUGAAUAAGAGUAAAUGAUACUGAGUGUGUAAAUUAAUAAUUUACUAAUGUUAAGUGCAAAAAUGAACUUCUAGCUAUCAAAAAGGUUCAAAGUUGAACUUAAAUGUUCUAUAAUGAUCCACUGGUUAUUGUCACAUUCAACUGGAAUAUGUCAUCCAAAUCUCUUUCAGUUUCAAUUUACAGUAAAUGCAGCCUCAUCUUGUAAACUUGCCAUGAACAGCUUCUGUUUAAAGGAAAUGUAAUCUGAUCUUGUGUAUUUGUUGAGCGUUAUGUGUUUCUGAUUCUGCUAAAUGCAGCUUUUGUGGUAUAUAUAUAUAAUAUAUGUCCAACAGCAGAAUAUUACACAAUUAAUUUUAGUAUGAUGUGUUAAUAUUUUUGUUAGUCAGUAUUUUGAUUAAAUUGCAGUUAACAUGUUUGUGUAGUACAAAACCAUUCUAACGUACAGGGAAUGUACAUUCAAAAAACCCAAUCUCAAAUUGCACCAAACCUGUAUUAAUAUCCUAUUUGCUGUGGUGUUUUUUUUUUUUUUUGAGAAGCAGGGACUGUACACAACUCAAAUUAGACAUAAAGUUUACUUUAAGUAAACAGACCCAAAGCAAACAGACAAUGAGUGUAUGGACAACUCUAUUUGCUUUGGUUUUAACUUUGUGGUUAUGGGGUAUGGAGUGUAGACUUAAGAGGGAAAAGAUAUAGAGCAUGUUAGCAUGAGGCUUCAACAUAAUGUGUUGCAAAAACAAAACAAAAAAUUGCACCUAAUGGAUACAUCAAAGCAAUUAAAAACAAAUGUCUGCACCAAUGUGCAUUUGGGAGUGUAUACUAUGCAUGCCAAUGUGUAACCGACAUCUUGGAUAACUGAAAAGAGCUGCAUCAUGUUGGAGUGGGGUGGGACUUGAAUUAUGCUGCAAAUGUUACAUAAGGCUUGCAAAAAUGAAAGUGAAAUUAAAACGGAUACAUAUAUAAC